AUGAUUAUCUGUUUCUGGAAUGUGAGGGGAAUAAAUAAUGUGCUCAAACGUGGCAAAAUUUUUAAAAGACUAGAGAAUCUAGGUGUGAAUAUCAUCUGUUUCAUAGAGACUAGAGUUAGGAGCUGUAAUGUCUCCAAUGUGGUUGGUGCUUUUGUUGAUGAGUGGAACUUUGAGGCUAACUAUCAAUAUAUUGAAGGUGGUAGACUCUGGAUUUUGUGGAAUAAGAGGCUGUCAUUAUCUGUGAUAGGUGGAUGUGAUAAAGCCCUAUCCAUUAGAGGUGAUAUAUCUGGCCAUAGUGUUGUUAUUACUGCUAUUUAUGGGAGUAACAACAGUGAGUCUAGAAGGGGACUUUGGGAUUAUCUUAGGAGCCUGGAGAGUGAGAUUGACCAUUAUUCAUGGGUGUUGGGUGGUGACUUCAACGUUAUUGCUGAUGCUCAAGAAAGUUCUGACUAUGAUUUAUUGGGCUUGCACUCCUCUGCUGAUAUGGAAGAGUUCAAGGACUGCCUGGAGGAUCUGGAGGUGCAUGACCAUCCUUUUACCGGGCCUCUCUUUACCUGGUCUAACAAACAGGAUGAGACCUAUUUGGCUAGGAAGUUGGACAGGAUCCUCACUAAUUCCCAGUGGCUGCUGGAUUUUCCGGAUUCAUGUGUCGAGUUCAAGGCCCCUGGGGCAUCUGACCACUGCCUUGGUGUGAGGGAGUCUUGGCUUAUGCACUGUGAGGGUAAUGCAAUGCAGAUCAUGUUUAACAAAUUGAAAAAACUGAAUCAUGUUCUGAAGGAGUUAAACAUGAAUUAUUUUUCUGAUAUUUCUGCUAGGGUAACUACUAAGAGGGCAGAACUGGAGUCUGUUCAACUCUCUAUCCUAUCUGGUGAUAGCCAUUUUGGGGUGGAAGAGGAAAAUAAGGUCCAUGCUGACCCAGUGGAUCUUGAAGUGGCUGAGCUUGAAUUCUACAGACAGAAAACAAAGAUUCACUGGCUGCAGGAGGGGGAUUUGAGUAUUAAAAUUUUCCAUCAUAAGGUUGCUCUCCAAAAAAUGAAGAACACUAUUAGAGUUAUUAAGAGUGAAGAUGGAUAA